AGUGACAAGUCAGCAGGAACCUUGAGACCAUGGACGGUGCCAUGGGGAUGCGGGCGCUGCUGAGUUUGUCCCUGGUGUCCCUCCUCAUCCUGCAGGCCGUGCCCGCUCAGGGUGCACCCAAAAGGCCCAAAAGCAGCGAGAAGCGACAGGCUGUAGACACAACUGUCAACGGUGUGAUCAUCCGGAGUCUGAAAGUCAACUGCAAAGUGACCUCGCGCUUCGCCCACUAUGUCAUCACCAGCCAAGUGGUCAACACUGCCGACAAAGCCCAGGAAGUGGGCUUCAAUGUGGAGAUCCCCAAGACAGCCUUCAUCAGUGACUUUGCCAUCACAACAAAUGGGAAAGCAUUUAUCGGAGACAUAAAGGAAAAAGCAACUGCAUGGAAGCAGUACCGGAAAGCAGCCAUCUCAGGAGAGAAUGCUGGCCUUGUCCGGGCCUCAGGAAGAACGAUGGAGCAGUUCACCAUCCACAUCACCAUUGGACCCCAGAGCAAGGCCAUGUUCCGGCUGACCUACGAGGAGGUGCUGAAGCGAAAGCUUAUGCAGUAUGACAUCGUCAUCAAAGUCAAGCCCAAGCAGCUGGUGCAUCAUUUUGAGAUCGACGUGGACAUCUUUGAGCCCCAAGGGAUCAGCAAGCUGGAUGCCCAGGCCUCCUUCCUGCCCAAGGAACUAGCGACUCAACUCAUCAAGAAGUCCUUCUCAGGCAAAAAGGGUCAGGUGCUCUUCCGCCCCACUGUGGGCCAGCAGCAGUCCUGCCCUACAUGCUCCUCUACCUUGGUGGAUGGGGAAUUCAGGGUGAACUAUGAUGUCAAUCGAGACAAGUCCUGUGACCUCCUGGUCGCCAAUAACCACUUUGCCCACUUCUUUGCCCCGCAAAACUUGACAAACAUGGACAAGAACCUGGUUUUUGUGAUUGACAUCAGCACCUCCAUGACAGGCGAGAAAGUGAAGCAGACCAAGGAGGCACUCCUUAAAAUCCUGGGGGACAUGCGGCCAGGGGACUACUUCGACCUGGUGCUCUUUGGGUCUGAAGUUCAGUCGUGGAGGGGCUCACUGGUGCCGGCAUCUGCCGCCAAUCUGCAAGCAGCUCAGGACUUCGUGCGGCGCUUCCAGCUCGCUGGGUCCACAAACCUGAAUGGAGGUUUGCUCCGGGGAAUUGGGAUCUUGAAUGAAGCUCAGAGGAGCAUGCCAGGACUCACCAACCAUGCCCCAAUACUCAUCAUGUUGACAGAUGGCGAGCCCACAGAGGGGGUGACGGACCGUUCCCAGAUCCUCAAGAAUGUCCGUGAUGCCAUCAGGGGCAAGUUCCCACUCUACAACUUGGGCUUUGGCCGUAAUGUGGACUUCAGCUUCCUGGAGGUCAUGUCCAUGGAGAACAAUGGACGGGCCCAGAGAAUCUAUGAGGACCACGAUGCCACUCAGCAGCUGCAGGGUUUCUAUGACCAGGUAGCCAAACCCCUGCUGGUGGAUGUGGAGUUGCAAUACCCCAAGGAUGCGGUCUUGGCCCUGACCCAGCACAGCCAUAAACAGUACUACGAAGGUUCGGAGAUUGUGGUGGCCGGGCGCAUCGCUGACCACAAACUGAGUAGCUUCAAGGCUGACGUGCGGGCCCAUGGGGGGGGCCAAGAAUUCAAGACAACCUGCCUGGUGGAUGAGGAAGAGAUGAAGAAACUGCUCCAAGAGCGGGGCCACAUGCUGGAGAACCACGUUGAACGUCUCUGGGCCUAUCUUACUAUCCAGGAGCUGCUGGCCAAGAGGAUGAAGUUGGAGGGGCAGGAGAAGGCCAACCUGUCGGCCAAAGCCCUGCAGAUGGCGCUGACCUAUCAGUUUGUGACUCCCCUGACUUCCAUGACCAUAAAGGGCCUGACAGACCAGGAGGGCCUGGGGCCGGUCAUUGACAAGCCACCGGAGGAGUCUCUGCCCUUGGAGAUGCUGGGAAAAAGACCGUCAUUCGUGCUGCCGGCCGAGCAGCAGCCGCUUCAGCCGACUCGAACCAACUCCAGUGUUCAGAAGUUGCCAGGCCAAGUAACCUGGGUGGACACUGACCCCCACUUCAUCAUCCACGUGCCCCAGAAAGAGGAUACCCUGUGCUUCAACAUCAAUGAAGAGCCUGGAGUGGUCUUGAGUCUGGUGCAGGACCCCGACACAGGUUUCUCAGUGAAUGGGCAGCUCAUUGGCCACCAGGCCGGGAAUCCUGGCCAGCAUGAGGGCACGUAUUUCGGGCGCCUGGGGAUUGCAAACCCUGCAACAGACUUUCAGCUGGAAGUGACUCCUGAGAACAUCACGCUGAACCCUGGCUCAGGCGGGCCCGUGUUCUCCUGGAAAGACCAGGCUUCACUGCGGCAGGACGAGGUUGUGGUGACCAUCAACAGAAAGAGGAACUUGGUGGUGUCUGUGGAGGAUGGAGGCACCUUCGAGGUGGUCUUGCACCGGGUGUGGAAGGGGAGUGCCAUCCAGCAGGACUUCCUCGGCUUCUAUGUGCUGGAUAGCCACCGGAUGUCGGCACGGACACACGGUCUGCUGGGACAAUUCUUUCACCCCUUUGAUUACAAAGUGUCCGACCUCCACCCAGGCUCUGACCCCACAAAGACAGAUGCCACAAUGGUGGUGAAGAACCAUCAGCUCACAGUCACCAGAGGCUUGCAAAAAGACUACAGGAAGGAUCCCCGGCAUGGAGUUGAGGUGACCUGCUGGUUCAUCCACAACAACGGGGUUGGACUGAUCGAUGGCGUUCACACUGACUAUAUCGUCCCUGACAUCUUCUGAGCACCUGUCCUGCCUUGGAGGACAGCAUCCUGACCUGCUGUCCAGGCCACAGCUUUCUGUCCAAGAGGUCUCCUGUGUCAAAGCACCUAUGACUUUCAUUAAAGAUAGGCUAUGUCCCUCC